CCGUGAGGCGACGGCUGGAACAUCCCCACUUCACCCGCGGUGCACUUUAUAUUCUAACGCUUGGUUCCACUAACAUGCGCCGAUAGACGUUACUCUCAUGCCCCUAAUUUAAAUCUCCAAACGUAAUCUCCAUCUCAAACGGUUAGAUUCGCACGCUAUUUUUAUAGAAAACAGUUCAAAAUUGUGGCAACGAGAAACUCGUCUCUCCUCAUUCCUCUCGGUCAAAUCAUUUUCUUUUCUUUUUUUUUUCUAUCCUAACCAAAAUCUCCAACGGCAUUGUACCCUUCACAUAGGCUGGAAUGUGGAUCCACGUCUCCUUCCUUAGACACCUUCAAAUCUCCGAAAAUCUCUCCCUUUUUCUGUGGAGAAGUGACGGACAGAACCUUACCAUCUUCCCUUCCUUUUUCAUACCCAAACAUGGUUGGGUCUGAAGACUAGUUCUUGCCCUGAUUCGUGAAAUCUGUCAGGGUUUUCCAGUUGUCAGGCCUUUCCAGAAUCGGGUUUUGUUUCUCUGAUUGGAAUUGGAUAUUUGUUGAGAUUUUUUUUCUUUCUAAUAUUUUUUUGGGAUGAAAUGGUGAUGUGGGUCGAUGAGAUUUUGAUGUUUUAGAUCUUGUUUGAUGAAAUCGUGAAUUGGGUCGACGGAUUUUUAUGUACUUUUGUUUUGUUUAUGAAAUUGGGAAUUGGGUGGAUGGGAUUUUGGCGUAUUCUUUAUCUGGGUCAACAAGAUUUUGAUGUGACUAUCCGGGCUUUGGAGGUCGGGUUGGUGGGAUGUGUUUGAUGAAUUAUGGAAAUCAAUUUAGGGAUUUGGGAAUUUGGGUUCUGAUCCACUACAUUCAUUCCAGCUUGUUUUCAGGGAAUCGGUAAUCGAUUUUGAUUCAGGACUUGGGGCUAAAGGCUCAACUUCUGAUUUGAAAAUUACAGUACUGGGAAGAACUACAGGGUUACUUUGUUCGGAAAUCGGAUUUGGGAAAUGAGUUGCUUUCCUUGUUUCUCUUCCAGUGAAAAGAAAGAGACAAAAAGGAAUGCCAGCAAGAGGGAGCGGUCACCACCAGCUCCCCAAAACGACAAUUCCCCACAACAACAGCCUGAGAAUCCCAAAGAGAAGAAUUCACCUGAGCGUGAAGAGGCAAAAGAUUCUGGUAAUGGAAACAUCGCCGCACAAACUUUCACAUUCCGUGAGCUAGCUACAGCUACAAAGAAUUUCCGUCCGGAGUGUCUCGUGGGGGAAGGAGGUUUUGGAAGGGUUUAUAAGGGGCGCCUUGAGAACGGCCAGGUUGUAGCUGUUAAGCAACUCGACAGGAAUGGAUUGCAAGGAAACAGAGAGUUUCUUGUUGAGGUUUUGAUGCUUAGCCUUCUUCACCAUCAAAAUCUGGUAAAUCUUAUCGGGUACUGUGCAGAUGGAGAGCAAAGGCUUUUGGUGUAUGAAUACAUGUCCUUGGGUUCUCUAGAAGACCAUCUGCUUGAUCUUCCACGAGACCAGAAACCAUUAGACUGGUAUACUAGAAUGAAAGUAGCUACUGGUGCUGCCAAAGGUUUGGAGUAUUUGCAUGAGAAGGCCAACCCGCCUGUCAUUUACCGUGAUCUGAAAUCAUCUAACAUUUUGCUCGACGAACAAUUCAAUCCAAAACUAUCAGAUUUUGGGCUUGCUAAGCUCGGUCCAAUCGGAGAUAAGACCCACGUCUCCUCGAGAGUGAUGGGGACCUAUGGCUAUUGUGCACCUGAGUAUGCGAGAACGGGUCAGCUGACGGUGAAAUCAGAUGUGUACAGCUUUGGAGUUGUUUUGCUGGAGCUAAUCACAGGGAGAAGAGCCAUUGAUACUACCAGGCCUACUGAGGAACAGAACCUAGCUACUUGGGCUCAACCCAUUUUCAAAAAUCCAAAGAGGUUCAUGGAGUUGGCUGACCCUCUCCUUCAAGGGGACUUCCCUAUGAGAGGCCUUAAUCAAGCAGUCGCUGUCUCUGCCAUGUGUCUCCAAGAGGAGGGCAUACUUCGCCCCUUGAUAACCGAUGUCGUCACUGCCCUCAGCUUCCUCGCAACGGCUCCAUCAGAUGGAGGGACCUCUGGUCCCCUGCCAACUCCUGCUCCACCCAGCCAAGAGAGAAUGAUGAGUGACAAUGAUCAUGAGAAAGGUGAAGAGAGCAUGGACGAGCGCCAGCGGGCUGUCGCAGAGGCCAUGGAGUGGGGUUCGAAUUCGAGAGAUCUCCAAAUGAGAUCUCAAGGCUAGAGCGGCUAUUUGUAAAAUCAUCACAUGUUUACAUAUGUGGGAAGCAGGAUUUUGUAAUUGAACCUUCCCUACCCAUUUCAUGCAUGUCAUAAAAGAAAAUGCAGGACUUUGUGUAUUGUUGUUCUCUUUAUAAUAUAAGUGAAGUGAAUGAUUGCAAA